AUGACUUCAUUCCUUCUUAACAGAAUAUGCAAUACCAAUCUUAUAAACCCGAGAUUUACCAAAGGCUCACUUAGUUUUCUAAGAACUUCGUCCUCGUCGGCCUCUGUUCCGUUCAUGAUAACGUCGACACAAAGACAAAGACUAUACGACCUAAACUACACGAGGAGUGAAAUAGACUCUCUCUUACCGGAACAGGCUCUUCAUAUUCUAUCGCACGACCUCUCACCAGAAUCAUACGGUGCUUUUGUACGGGCAACAUAUAGAAGCAAAAAACAGAAUGUGGAAUUAGAAGUGCCAGAAGUUAUUCAGCUUGGAGGCGUGGAGACGGGGUUGGUCUUGACCUCGACGAGAGAAGAAGAACGGCAGGUUGUUGAGAGGGAGGAGAACAGGUGGACAAUAGUUGAGACUGUUGAAAAGAAUAAAAGAAAAACGAUAGGGUAA